AUGAAACGACAUCGUGAUUGGCUUAAAAAUCCGGUAUUUCUAUCGGGUACUUUGAUAGCCUGGAUAGCUUUAAUGGGUUAUCUGAAACCGCAUAGUGAAAGAAUUUCAUUCGCGGAACACAGAUUUCGAAUAUUUCUGCAAGGAUGCACAUUCGUCUUCGUACUAACAUGUGCCACAAUGGCUCGAUACUAUCAACAAAAGAAAAACCAUUGA